UGUUUCUGUAUUGAUAUCCAUAAGAGCGCUGUGGCCGCAUGCAAUUACCCAAAUCCCACGACCUAGACACAGGGUACCGACAACCCGAAGGGGACGAUAGCCAUGACCAUGACGCCUAUGUCACUGUCGAGUCUGUUAAAGAAUAAGGAUUCUCUGCAGAAGUUCAUUUGCUACAAUGCCUUCCACGCGCAGCACGACAUACCACGGUACUUCGGAAACCGAACGCCGUGGAAGAAGGCUCGGUUAUGGGAGCGAAAUUUCAGUGCGGUGUCCCGCAGUAGGUUGGCAGAACAACCCUGUGCCAAAAACUAUGCGAAGGAAGCUACUAUGUGUACCACUUCUGUAAGUGGCCAGGACAUGACAAACUGGUUGUGGUCUAUUUACAACGAAACCAAAAAACAGACCGAAGCCCUGGUCCCUGUGAUAUCUAAGAACAGUGCGAACCCCAACAGCAUCUUUGCCAACAACGAGAUGAGUCUGGAGGACAUCGAGAUCUAUGGGUUUGACUAUGACUACACUCUGGCCUUCUACUCCAGACACCUCCACACCCUCAUCUUUAACAUCGCCAGGGACAUCCUCAUCCAGGAGCACAGGUACCCUGAGGGCUUGCGAGAGUACGAGUACAUCCCUAACUUUGUUGUCAGGGGACUGCACUAUGAUGUCCAAAAGGCUUUACUGAUGAAGAUCGAUGCCUUUCACUACAUACAGCUGGGAACAGUAUACAGGGGUCUUCAACCGGUACCAGACAAGGAGGUGAUUGCCAUGUACGAUGGCUGCCAUGUCCCUCUGGAGAAUAUGAGUGACUUCUAUGGCAAGAGUUCCCAUGGCCACACUAUGAAACAGUUCAUGGACAUCUUCUCCCUCCCAGAGAUGAACCUCCUGUGCUCAGUUAAUGACUACUUCUUGAAGCACAAUAUCGACUACGAGCCUGUCCACCUCUACAAAGACGUCAAGGCAGCUAUAGGAGAUGUCCAUGUCAAGGGUAUUAUGUACCGGGCUGUGGAGGCAGAUAUCGAGAACUAUAUUUCCUAUGGAGAACAGACUCAUGCUGUGUUGAAGAAGCUCUAUGAGGAUGGCAAGAAGAUGUUCCUCAUCACUAACAGCCCAUUUGACUUUGUGGAUCGGGGAAUGAACUACAUUGUGGGGAAGGACUGGAGAGAUCUGUUUGACAUUGUCAUCGCACAGGCCGACAAACCUGGCUUCUUCAACGACAGGAGAAAGCCCUUCAGACGAGUGACUGAUAAAGGAGUGCUGCAUUGGGACAGGAUUCACAAGCUGGAGAAGGGGAACAUCUACAAACAGGGAAACCUCUAUGAGUUCCUGAGACUGACUGGCUGGAGGGGGUCCAAGGUGUUGUAUUUUGGAGAUCACAUCUACAGUGACCUGGCUGACCUGACCCUGAAGCAUGGCUGGAGGACCGGAGCCAUCAUCCCCGAGCUGAGGAAAGAGAUCAAGAUCAUGAACACUGAGGAGUGUGUCCAUCUGAUGACCUGGCUACAGGGCCUGACUUGGCUGAUAGAACACAUGCAGGUCCACAGAGAUCCAGCUUCUCAAGCUGUCGUUCAGGAGUGGAUCAAAGAGAGAGAAACCUUGAGAUCGCAGACAAAGGACAUCUUCAACGGCCAGUUUGGGAGUCUCUUCCGAACGUACCACAACCCCACCUACUUCUCCCGCCGCCUGUCUCGUUUCGCAGACAUCUACAUGGCGUCUCUCAGCUGUCUGCUCAACUACGACUUCCAUCACACCUUCUUCCCCCGUCGUACGCCCCUGCAACACGAGUCACCCUUCUGGCCCGAGCAGACCAGCGCCGGGGCCCUGAAGAUGCCCUUCAUACCCCACAGAACCACAACUGAAGAGUAGAAAGGGGAGGGGGGGAAGGGUUUCAGUGUGACACCCCGUCCGGGCUUGACUCAGACUGGAGAGGAUAGGGGGGGGGGAAAGUUUCAUUGUGACACUCCGUCAAAGACCUUAUCUGAGGAGAGAGGGGAGGGGGGGGGAAAAGUUUCAUUGUGACACUCUGUCUUGACCUGCUCUGGACACAGAGCUCUCAAAUACCCGUUUCAUUCUAUCAUGGCGACCUGAACUAUACUGUCAUUCCCAGCGCAGUUCCAUGAACUAUAGCAGACAAAGCCAGCUGAGUAGUCCUUAAGGGGUAGAAGACGGCAGACAGGACUCUGCUGACUUGGACUUACUGUCUCUGUUUUCCGCUGACUCCAUCUCAUGUUGACCUUACGCUGUCAGUAACUUCAAUACUGAUCUGCUCCGCUUUAUAAUCUCACUAUUGUAUGUGUAGGUUGAAUUUCUAACAGUAAGUAGAGAACACUUUAAAUAUUUCUGCCAUGUUUCUGUUUUAGGUUGAAAACUAGCGGUACAGUUGCUUAGUACGCUAUACCAGUAACACUACACAAUAAGUUUGCUUGAAUGUUCUUGACACACAUACAGUAUGUACCCAAACAGAGAUUUACUCAGAUCUGCAGAACUUUCAUCCAAACAAUAUACAUGACCCUAAGCAUGAUGGGAUGUUAAUUGCUUAAUUAACUCAUGAACCAUACCUGUGUGGAAGCACCUAAUUUCAAUAUACUUUGUAUCCCUCAUUUACUCAAGUGUUUCAAUGAUUUUGGAAGUUACCUGUUUAUGUGUAAAUAAAGGAACAGUUGGUUAUAA